AAGACGCCAUAUGAGAUGCUGUAUAAGAAGGCGCCAAACUUAAAGCACUUACCAGUCUGGGGUAGCCACGUCAAGGUGCACUCGACGAACGGCUCCAAGCUCGAUAUGCGCGCCAUAGAUGGCAGGUGGAUGGGAUUUGAUCGUGACAGCAAUGGUCACCGAGUAUACCUACCCGAA